CUGUGACAGGGUUUACAGUGACCUGACACAAGCCGCAGGCAAGUCAAGUGUGUUUGUCUCUCUAACAAACAGUCGUGCUGACGAACUUACCAGGUCCAGGAUUGUAUCUGACCUUUUCCUACGAUGUGUAAGAAUAACGGGCAGGCCCUGACGGGUCUGGGCAUCACGCUGGCGGUGCUGGGCUCCAUCAGCGUCAUCCUCGGGGUCGCGGCGGCGGCAGCCUUCAGCUGGGACGGCAUCAGCCGCAUCUGCGCGCCCCUCUGGGCCGGAGGAUUCGUCAUCCUGACUGGAGCCAUGGGUAUCAUGGCCGGAAGGAACUUUGGGCGGCAGGACGGCAGAGCUAACGGAUACAUCCCGGCCUUCAUGGCGCUGAGCAUCGUCGGCAUCUUCGUGACGAUCGCCCAACAAAGCGUCAACGGCGCGGGGGGCUCCUACCUGGGGUGGUGCUUCGUCGACUCCGUGCGAGAUGCCGUGAACAAACAUCAUGGUGACCAGUCUGCCGCCAGCUGGUGCCAGGCUGCCGCCUCCAUGCACUGGGCCUGCAUCGCGUUCGGCUUCAUAGAGAUGGUUCUGUGCUUCGCCUCCUCCAUCGUCGGCUGUGUGGUCGGCGGGUGUAACUGCUGCGCCCCGCAGCCUCCGCCCCAAGGCGUCAUCGUCAUGCAGGCUCCCCCCAACCCCAACAUGGCCGCCACCGCAGUGCCGAAUGCCUACGCCUACCCACAAGCCGGCUACGUGCAGCAGCCAGGCGGGGCACCCCCGGCCUACGUGCCGGCGCCUGCCCAGCAGAGCCCGCCCUACCCGAACGAACAGAAGACCCAGAAACCCCCGACAGUGCUAGGGUUGGGUAAAAACCCGAAGCUCGCCACCAUGUGCAAGAACAACGGACAUGUGAUGUUCGGGCUGGGAGUGACCCUGGUCAUCCUGGGCUCCCUCAGUACAGUCCUCGGCAUCGCCGCCGCUGCGGCCUUCCAGCGGGACUACUACAGCCGCAUCAGCGGGCCCAUCUGGGCUGGCGUGUUCGUGGUCAUCACUGGAGCCAUGGGCAUCAUGGCCGGGAGGAACUUCAAACGGGAAGGCGCGCCUGUCGGAUUUACCCCGGCCUUCCUGACUUUGAGCAUCAUCGGCAUUUUCGUGGCGCUGGCCCAGGUUAGCGUGUGCGGCGCCGCGGCGGCGUGGUCGUGCGUGGUGGUGGGUUUGGAGCAGGAAAUUUCGAACGCCCUCGACAACAUCUUCGUCACCAAGAGCUACAACAGCUGGGACGACUCUUACGUCAAGAGCGCUAGCGAUGGUGACUACAUUGGAUAUUCGUACUGCUCGGCCAUGGUCGCCCUGCACUACACCUGCCUGGCGCUAGGGCUGCUGGAGAUGGUUCUGUGUUUUGCCUCCUCCAUCGUCGGCUGUGUGGUCGGCUGUGCCUGCUGCGAUCAGCAGCCGGGCCCGAGUGUGGUGAUCAUGCAGCCAUCCAACCUGCCUUACGCCCAGAUGCCAAGCACCGUCAACAACCCAGCGAUGCCGGGUGCCUAUCCCCAGGCCGCCUACAUCCAGCAGCUGAGCGGGCCUCCCCCUGCCUACCUGCCGCCGCCUGGCCAGCAGAGCCCGCCCUAUCCUGCCGGUGAACAGGCCCCAGCUCCCGCCGACCCGGCUGUGGCUGUGAAGGCUCAGCCUGUCUAAGACCUGUGAAACACCAUGUAAUGUCGGCAAUCGUGCCGCGAAAACCACAGGCGCCAGGAUUUAUAUGUAGAAAAGCUCAGAACCUUUUCUUGAUGUAUGUAUUCGGAAAAAAUAUAGACCUCGACUUGCAGUUUUUCUAGCUUUGUUUCAAAACUGAGUGGUUUGUAAGUUGACAUCGGCUAGCGAUAUUUCUUGCCUUCGUAAAUGUUGUAUACUUUUCAAUAUAUCUAAACAGGAUCCGUUUCAACUAUAAUGACAACAAUGUGUCACAGAAUCAUGAGCUAAAGAGAAGAAAAGGAAUAUAAACAUGUGUUAACCCAGAUUCACCAUUCUAGUACAUGUAUCAUGAACAAAGUCAAGUAUCUAACUACUAGUAACUAACUACAAGAUUUGUGUACCACCACUUAAUGCUCGGAGCUGAGACUAGUUUGUGCACCAUGUGCACCACUGAGAAAUUUAAAGUUGCUUCACUGAGAUUCUAAUGUGCCUUAAUCAUAAAUCCAUCAGUCACAGUCAAAAAACGAGCCUAACUGCACCUGAUUCAAUGUACUAGUAUGAUUACAUUUAACCUGGGUAUCUGCCUUACUUGACUAUAGACCUGAAGUGUUUGUUGACGUCUUGGGUUGCACUGCGCUUGGACAUGCACAGGGGAUUUCCCAGAUGCAUAAAUCUUCUCACAAACCUGAGUCGUUAGAAAGUCAAACGUGCCGGACAUCUGUAAUGACUCACUGGUACUGAAGAACCAACCAGAAUAAAGACAAAGGGUUGCUUGCA